AUGGUUCCACCUCUUAUGUUGUUAUGCAAGUAUGGUGAUCGUACCAUUGUGUUCAACGUUGUGUCAAACUGCACGUUGAAGGAUUUAACUGAUUUCUUAAGUUGUAAAUUGAAGAAGUUUGACAAUAGUGGUUGCAUACUGUUAUCGUAUUGUUUGCCUGGACAUUCGCAAUGCAUGAUUGAUGAUGAUUCUGAUUUUCAGAAUAUGUUGUCGCUUGUUUAUCCCCUUGGUGUUGACCGGGUUGAUGUGACUAUUACUGAAAUGGGCAUUUCAAAUGAAAAACAUGGAGUUGGAGAAUCAGGGGACGCUACUGGAUCCAACAUUACUGAUGAUGAAAUGGAUUUACUCCCUAUGUUUUGUCAACAUGAAGAAAUGACUUUGUUGUCUUGUGGAUGGGUGAAUGGAAUUACUCAUGUAAGUCAAAAAUUUAUUGGAGGUGCAAAGGAUUUUCGAACUGCAUUAUGUAAAUAUGCUAUUGAGAUAGGAUUUGAGUUUGUGUAUGUGAAGAAUGAGAAGUGCGGGUCACUGCUGACUCUACAUGAUGAGCAUACUUGUGGAGCUGCAGUUCGUACUUCUAAAAACUCAAGGAUGAGUUCAAAUUUGGUUGCAAGUUUAAUUGUUAAUGAAGUUCGUGGGAAUCCCCAAACUCGUCCAAAUGAUGUUGUGCAUCAAUUUACAGAUCAAUACGGGCUUACCAUUACGUACAAUCACGCUUGGUUGAGAGUUGAGAAAGCUAGGACUACUACUUUUGGAGAUUUCUCUAUGUCUUAUGAUGAGAUUCGAUGGUAUAUGGAUAUUGUGAUGAGCACAAAUCCUGGUAGCUAUUUGCGUCUUGACUAUAACUAUCAAAGUGGACGGUUCAAGAGGUUUUUUGUUGCAUUUAAUGCUUCCAUUCAAGGGUUUAGGCAUUGCCGUCCUCUAUUGUUUAUCGAUAGAACUUUUCUGAAGAGGAAAUAUAAGGACACCUUGUUAACAGCUACAGCGAAGGAUGGGGAUCAAGGUUUUUUCCCUCUUGCAAUGGCAAUUGUCGAUACAGAGACUAUAGACAGUUGGGAAUGGUUUUUUAUGCAUUUGUCGAAUAUAUUGUUGGAUGAAAAACCAAUUACCUUCAUAUCUGAUCGGAACGCUGGACUUUUGGAGGCUUUACCCAAGAUUUUACCUACUGCUUACCACUAUUUUUGUCUCCAACACUUGAAGGCCAAUUUGAGGGAUAGGUUCUCUAGUUUAAGUUUCAGCAAUACUUUUAGGAGUAGAAUAGUUUUUUUGUUUUCUUCGUGUGCUUACGCUCCGACAGUGGGAUGUUUUAAUCAGUGCUUGAAAGAAUUACAAGAUGAGGGAAAAUGGAUCGUUUGUGGGUUUCUAUCCAAUUUGCCUUAUGACAAGUGGACUAAUGCAUACUUUAAAGGACAAAAAUACGGUGAAAUGCACUCGAAUGUGGCAGAGUCUUUCAAUUCAUGGAUCCGUCAAGCUCGCUAUUUGCCCACUACAAAGAUGAUUGAUUCAAUUAGGUUGAAGAUCAUGGAUUUGAUAUCGAGAAGGAGAGAACAAGCUAAGAAAUUGAAUAAUUUUCUUUGUCCGGAGAUGGAUUCAACAUUAGUAAAUGCUCUUAAAAGUGGAAGAACUUGGUUGGUUAGUCGUUCAAGUGAUCAUGUUUUUGAGGUUCAAUCCCGGCCAUCGGUUAGCGUUGACCUCUUGAAUAGAAUUUGCUCAUGUUACCAAUGGCAAUUGAAUGGAUUUUUUUGUGCUCACGCGGCGAUUGCUAUCCAAAAGAGCAGAGGUGAUUUGUAUGCACAUGUGGAACCAUUUUAUUACACUAGCAAGUUCAAAGAUUGCUAUGCUGAGUCCAUUUAUCCAAUACCCCCAAUACCCACUGUUGAGAAACCUCUUGUCGCUAUGGAUGAUCUUGUUGCCCUUCCUCCAAUUUGUAAGAAGCCACAUGGUAGGCCAAGGAAGAAUAGGAUCCUAUCUAGGGGUGAGAAGAUAAGACGAGUACAGUGUGGUAGAUGCGAGAAGUACGGUCAUAAUAGAAAGACUUGCAAGGAGGCAUUGCCGUGA